UCCACACAGGCACACGUACAAGUCCAGAAGAAUUUCAUUUCGCCCAGAAUUUCAUCAAGCAAGGGCAUAAAUUCAAUCACCCUCGAGAAUUUCAGACUUCUCCUCAUAACACUUUUCUCAUUUCGGCCGUAGCUCCUCUUUCCUCGCAGUUCCUCUCUGAAAACCCUGGAGCCGAAAACAAGAUGCCGAAGCAAAUCAAUGAGAUCAAGGAUUUUCUUCUCACUGCAAGAAGAAAGGAUGCACGUUCAGUGAGGAUCAAGAAGAGCAAAGAUGUGGUUAAGUUCAAGGUUAGGUGCUCCAAGUACUUGUACACUUUAUGUGUAUUUGAUCAAGAGAAGGCUGAGAAGUUGAAGCAGUCACUUCCACCAGGUUUGAGUGUCCAAGACAUCUAGAUGCAGAAGUAGCUGGAGCUGUUUCUGGUUGAUUCGUAAAUGAGAACACUCUUUGAUAUCGUCUCCUCUCUUUAAACAUUAGUUAACCAACUUCUUAUGUGUUGUGGAUUUUUAGUGAAGAUAAUUAGUUUUUUAUUGUGUACACAAAUUUCAAUUUUGGUUUGCAUUGUAAACCAAAGUUGUGCACCACCUUUUGACGGAGAGAUUUUGAUAUUUUGAUUCUGAGUUCACAAGUACCUUGAUUAUAAGUAUUUGUGUUAGUAUGGUAUGAAAAUUUAGAUAUGAAAUACUGAUGAAGUGGUUAUAUAAACAUCCUUGGCAUUUGCUUUUCCC